GGCGAAGUGAACCCAAAGUUUCUUGAAGAAUUCGAUGAUUUGAAUCCAGUUUGGAAUCUCAUAGAUGUUAAUGGAAAAAGUCACCAUGCAACUUUCAACAAUUCAGAAACUCUCCCUUUACUAACUACAGGAUGAACUGCCAUAAGAGAUUUUUACCAUUUUGAAGGCAUCAGACAAAUUGUGCUAAACUAUGUUGGCCAAACCCGAUUCAUAAUGACUCUUGGAAGGACACUUCAUUCCACUGAUGAUUUCCCUCCCUUUCACAGCAGAAGCACAAAACUACCGAACCGUAAAUCAUAUUUUUUUGACAUCACUUUGAGUAAUUUGCAGAUGGCAGUAAGAUCUGAAUUGGUUCUGCCACCCGACUUCAAUGACUUCUUAUGGGAUGAUGAUUUCGAUUGUCUUUUCCUUUGCAAUGGGAAUCCGAAUGAAGGGAUUGUUAUAGCUGAAAUUGAAUACCAAAGCAAUGAAUCACUGAAUACUAAGUUGAAAAAUGGUUGGGAGACAUUUUGUAACAACAAUGAAUUUCAACUAGGAGACACUAUCCGUUUCAAGUUUUUCGAUGGCAAAAAAAGUCCAUUUGUUCAUGUCUAUAGGAACAAUCCUUAGUUGCCUAUCAAUUUAAUCUUUAAUCAUGCUAUUUGUUGUAUGUGUCUUUGUGCUUAUGUACUUUAAGCUGAUGCUA